AUGAAGCCGCCGUUCGCAAAAGCGGCUGCAGAGCAGCGGUCCAGAACAGGCUCCAGGCAUGCGGGUGUGCCGGUUUCCGUGAUGAAGAGGAAGGCGGCACACAAGAAGCACCGGAGCAGACCCCCCUCCCAGCCUCCAAGAAACAUCGUGGGCUGCAGAAUUCGGCACGGAUGGAAAGACGGAGACGAGCCUCUGGUACAGUGGAAGGGAACCGUUCUGGAUCAGGUACCUGUAAACCCCUCUCUGUAUCUUAUCAAAUAUGAUGGCUUUGACUGUGUUUAUGGACUGGAGCUGCAUAAAGAUGAAAGAGUGUCAUCACUUGAAGUCUUUCCUAAUAGAAUUGCAUCAUCUACAAUCAGUGAUUCACACUUAACAGAAAUUCUGAUUGGCAAAGCAGUGGAACAUAUUUUUGAGACAGAGGAAGGUUCCAAAAAUGAAUGGAGGGGGAUGGUCUUGGCUCAGGCACCUGUCAUGAAAACAUGGUUUUACAUUACCUAUGAGAAGGAUCCUGUUCUCUAUAUGUACCAGCUCUUAGAUGAUUAUAAAGACGGUGACCUGCGCAUCCUUCCCGAGGCCAAUGAUUCUUCUCCUGCAGAGAGAGAGCCGGGAGAAGUCAUAGACAGCCUGGUAGGUAAACAGGUGGAAUAUGCCAAAGACGAUGGCUCCAAGAGAACUGGCAUGGUCAUUCAUCAGGUAGAAGCCAAACCCUCUGUGUACUUCAUCAAGUUUGACGACGAUUUCCAUAUCUAUGUCUACGAUUUGGUAAAAACAACCUAG